AUGAUAUUCACGUACAACACGAAUAGUCGCUGUUUUAUUUGCACUUUUGUUGUGCACGCGGAUAACAGUAACCAGUCGGCAAAUAUAUUAGCCAUAUUUUCGUAUACCUUUAGUACUCCGUAUUUGGUUGUAAAACCCUAUAUAAAAGCACUUAUUGCCAAAGGACAUAACGUGACCGUGAUCUCUUCCGUUAAUUUGCUUCCGGACAUUGAUGGAGUGCGACAUAUUCGUGCUGCAGCUUUGGAUCAAGUAAUAGAUCAUAUUAUAAACUUUGAAUUUGACACGGAUGUUCUGACAAACAAAUGGAAAGAAGGAUCAUUAUCGGCCAGAUUUCAUUACAAUAUCUCUCGUAGCAUUUUAAGCGACGUGAAGGUACAAUCUUUACUUAAGGAUCAAAGCGAGCACUUCGACAUGGUCGUCUUGGAACCAACCCAUUCAGAUGCACUCAUUGGCUUUGCAGAACACUUUAAUGCCCCCCAAGUGGGAUUGUCGGCAAUUGGUUGCUCCUGGUUGGUUGACUAUCAAGCUGGGAAUUCAGCUCCAAGUGUAUACAGGCCAAUAUCUCCAAUGGGCUAUUCCCGUGGUAAAAGCUUGGUGGAUAAGUGGAACAAUUGGAUUUACAUAACAGAGGAAUGGAUGAUGGAUCGACUGGUUUACCUGCCUGGACAGCUCGAGUUGUUUGUCAGCUAUUUUUCAUUCCCACCAGAAAAGUUCUACGAAAGACGCAGAAACUUCUCGCUGAUGUUAAUUAAUCAGCACUUUAGUUUAGGCCGCGUUAGGUCUAAUGUUCCCAAUGUUAUCGAGGUGGGGGGAAUGCAUAUGGCAGAGCCAAGCGUACCCCUUGAACCGGAACUACUCGACUUUCUCAAUGGGGCUGAGCAUGGCGCUAUCUACUUUUCCUUGGGCAUGGAGAUUUUGAACAAGUGGUUGCCCAAAAACAUGGAGCAAACGAUGCUGCAAACCUUCUCACAGUUAAAACAACGUGUCGUAUGGAAGCACGAGAUGGAAACGAUGCCGAACAAAUCUGACAACAUAUAUCUAAGCUCGAUGGCAUCCCAACGUCAACUUCUAGAGCAUCCCAAUGUGAAGCUUUUCAUCACACACGGCGGUCUCCUCAGUCUUAUCGAGGCGGCCUAUUCGGGAGUUCCCAUGCUGGGAUUGCCGAUAUAUUUCGAUCAGUUUGACAAUGUAGAGCGCAUGCAGCAGGCAGGUGUAGCACUUUCAAUGGAUUUCAACGCGGUGACCGCCGAGCAACUAACACACAACAUCAAGGAACUGUUAGAGAAUCCCUGCUAUGCACUCAAAGCUAAGGAAUUAUCUGCUCGAUUUCGUGACCAGCCGACAAGUCCGCUCGAGAGGGCCGUUUGGUGGACGGAGUACGUUCUACGGCACAAGGGAGCACCCCAUAUGCGCAUGGCUGAGCACGAGAUGGGCUUCGUUCCUUACUAUAGAAUUCAUUUCAUCGCAAUACUCUACGGACGCAUUGCAAUUGCCGCUUUCAUAUUAAUCUUUGUCACAUUCAUGGUCGUCAAUUGCGUCUUGAAGGAAUUACGAAGGAUAUUUGGACCGCCAGUAUUUUACACUGCAUUAUAGCAAACACCACCAGAUAAGAAUGUCAAUUAGAGAGAAAGUAAGUCUAGUGUUAACCGUUAAAUGCCACAAAGAAUAUUCGUAAUUUAUUAAAUCAUUGUUGUCUAUUUUCUGAUAUCUACUUAAGUGUCCAAAGUGACGAAAUCCUUAUGCAAUUUAAGAUCUGAAAUCUCCUAUUAUCAUAAAUAAACCAAAUAAAUGUGUAAAACA